UUAUAUCACUCAUUACUGCUCGGGAGCAGCAGACGGAGCGCGCGCUCGCUCGCGGAUGCCCGGGACAGCUCUCUCGCUCGCGCUCUCGCUCUCGCUCGCGCUCGCUUCAUUCACCUCCCGGACUUUUCUUUUCUUUCGCCUUUUUUGUUUUCCUCUCGUUUCACCCACAUCUCUAUCUCUCUCUUGAGUGUCUGUCCUUCGCGCGUGCCACUCACUACUCGGGAUAUAUAGCGUGCUCAACUCAAGGUUCUUCACUUGGGAACUUUCUCAAGCUGACAGCUUGACACAGCCCUGCUACAGCUAUUGUAAAGGUGAUCCAGACACACAGAGCAUCUAUCCAGAGUGAAGACAUCCCUCUGGUGAUCUCGCGGCGGCGGGCGGGACGUACCCGGUGGUGGCGGGGGGAGCCGCACUCUCUUCAUCCUGACCGGCCCCGGCCCAGUAUGCAGUUAGAGUGAUCAGGAUGGAAGACUCUAGUUUGUGCCUUGGUGUGUCCUCAGCAGUUCCGGACACCGACACCCAUAUCAGCAGUGCCGUGCUUAAUGGGCGCUACCCAAUCAGUCAGAAGCUGCAUCAGUUGACCGCUCAGCUUGGCCACGCCUUCCCCGACCUACAGAGCCGCCAGCAAAUCCCAGAAGAAAAGGCAGCGACCCCACUGGAUGAGAAAACCCACGCCGCUCUGGCAAGCCAGCCGAUCAGCAGCCAAAUGGCUCUGUUAGCCAAUCAGCUCAACCGUAACAUGGAUGCAGGUGCCGCCCUAGGUGGUCUCAAUGGGCGUGUUGACCUGCAGCAGUUCCUCAACGGGCAGAACCUGGGAAUCAUGUCUCAGAUGAACGACAUAGAGGACGACGCCCGCAAGAACCGCAAGUACCCCUGCCCUCUCUGCGGCAAGAGAUUCCGUUUCAACAGCAUCCUUUCCUUGCACAUGCGCACCCACACUGGAGAGAAGCCCUUCAAAUGCCCCUAUUGUGACCACCGAGCGGCCCAGAAGGGCAACCUGAAGAUCCACCUUCGCACCCACAAGUUGGGAAGCCUGGGCAAAGGUCGCGGUCGCGUACGCGAGGAAAACAGACUCCUCCAUGAGCUUGAAGAGCGCGCCAUCCUGCGCGACAAGCAAAUGAGAAACAGCUUGCUGCAGCCUCCACAAUCUCUUCCACCCCACCUGAGCUUGCAGACCCACAACCAGCAGCAGCCCGGCUCUGCUUGUGGCAUCCUCACUCCUACAACUCUGGGAGGCACACCAGAAGGACUCGCACAACCCUCUGCCUCGCCCAAGCCCACUGGCACCAACCAGCAAGAUGAACAGGCUCUUAACCCAGCCACAGGCUUUCGCUGCACCUUCUGCAAAGGCAAGUUCAAGAAGCGUGAAGAGUUGGAUCGUCACAUUCGCAUUCUCCACAAGCCCUACAAGUGCACUCUGUGCGAGUUUGCGGCGUCCCAGGAGGAGGACCUCAUCAGCCACGUGGAGAAGGCCCACAUUACUGCCGAGUCAGCCCAAGGGCAGGGCACAGGAGUUGGCGGCGCAGAGAAGCCUGCCAACGAGUUCCGCUGCGAUGUCUGUGGCCAGGUCUUCAGCCAGGCUUGGUUCUUGAAGGGUCACAUGCGCAAGCACAAGGAUUCGUUCGAGCACUGCUGCCAGAUCUGUGGACGCCGCUUCAAGGAGCCGUGGUUCCUGAAAAAUCACAUGAAAGUACAUCUAAACAAGCUAGCUAUUAAGAGCAAGCCUCCGGUUGGAGGUGGAGCUGACCAAGAUGGGCCCUCUGUGAACAGCAUGAGCAGCUUAGCACAAGAAGCCCAUGCCAACCUGUACUCACGCUACAUCUCAUGUCUGCAAGGUGGCUUCCUCGCUCCUGACAAGCAGGGCCUGGCCGAACAGCAACACCAGAUGCUGGCCAAGGCUGGCAUAGCAAUGAAGGAGAAAGAAAUGCUUGGAAAGCUCUUGGGCCCAAUGGCCGGCAUGAGCCAUGGCCUGGGGGAGAAUGAGAAGCGCUCUCUGUUGGGUUGCCUGAACCUGGUGCCCCCGCUGAAGUCUAGCUGCAUGGAGCGCUUGCAGGCUGCCGCAAAAGUGGCAGAAAUGGACCCGCUAAAUAGUUACCAGGCCUGGCAGAUCAUGGCACGGAGCAUGGCAAUGGAACGCUCCUUUAUGCCGAAAGAUCAGCACCAUGGAGCCCCCGGGCAGGAGGAGGAGAUGGCCACUGCUGCUGGGAUGGUGCCCUUUGGGAAAGACAAGCAUGAGCACUCUACCCUCGAUUCCAGCGACGGCCUGAAGCAGAAGCAACACCCCGAUGCCCUCCACGGCUUAAGACCCAGCGGAGGCAUCAUGCCCAUGAAGGAAGAAGCUGGAGGCUUUGAUGGUCACCGCGAGUUCCUGCCUCACCAUGGUGGCCUGGGCAUCAGCCAAGGGCUCGAGUACAGCCUGGUUGGCCUGAAAGAGAAGCCCAGCGAGUGCCCUGACUGUGGCAGAGUAUUCCGAACCUACCACCAGAUGGUGGUCCACUCUCGGGUGCACAACAAGGACCGCCGCCCGGACGAGGGCCUUCAGCACGGUCUUGAUGAGAGGCGUGGCUCUGCCAGCGACCCUGAAUCGCAGUCCAUCAGCCGUUCCACCACCCCAGGCUCUUCCAAUGUGACCGAGGAGAGUGGAGCCGGAGGAGGCCACUCCCAGACGGGCAGCGUGCAAGAUGACAGCCCCCACCCCUCGUCACCGUCCUCAGACGUUGGGGAUGAGAUGGCGAAGGCUCCAGGUGCCGCCCAGCCGCCACCGACUCAGCACAGAGAGAGAAGUGUGGGCACAGCCAUGAAGGACUGUCCCUACUGCGGCAAGACCUUCCGCACCUCCCACCACCUGAAGGUCCAUCUGAGAAUACAUACAGGUGAGAAGCCCUACAGGUGCCCCCACUGCGACUAUGCUGGCACUCAGUCCGCUUCCCUCAAGUACCACCUCGAGCGCCACCAUCGUGAGCGCCAAAAUGGCAACGCCUCCUCUGCCAACCACCCCCCGUCCUCCGAUCACAAGGACGACCACAGCAAGACCAGCACUGGCAGUGGGGUCUUCGCACGGCCUGAUGUCUUGCGUGGGGUUUUCAAAGGGAUGAUGCCCUCCAGCCUUGAUUUCCGAGGAGGCCAGAUGCUUCCACACCAGUGGGCGCCUCCUGGCAUGCGCUCACCCAGAGAUCGAGACCGAGACCGCGAAAGGGAGCGAGAACGCCACGGACCAGGUGUCGAGACCAACUCUACAGAGAACAUGAAGAGCCCAGAAGGACCAGCCACUGGAGGAGACAGCCCAGCCAGCUUCUCAGACCUGGGCAGGGCCUACCAGAGCAUGGUGGGGAAUGGAGUCAACUUCCAGGGCUCUCUGCAGGCCUUCAUGGACAGCUUUGUGCUGAACUCUAUGAAGAAAGAAAAGGAGAUGAGGGAUAGUCAGCUGCACGGCCAGCACUUUGGCUUGGAGAACACUGAGCACAAGAUCAAGAGAGCCAGCGAUGGAAAUCAGGAGGAGAGUGCUGGUGCUGGUGAUGUCAAACCUGCCAGCGGUGGCCGUUCCCAGUAUGAGCCACUGGACCUCUCCGUUAGGCCUGAUGCAGGAACCCUUCCGGGAGCAUCCGUCACCAUCCAGGACAACGUGGCGUGGCACGGCUGCCUGUUCUGCUCCUUCACCACCGCCUCUGUUGAGCUGAUGGCCCUUCACCUGCAAGCCAACCACUUGGGCAAAACCAAGCAAGGAAGCCAAGGAAAAGAAGCUAAAGAACAUCUACUGGGUGAAUCUUCUCUUUCGGGCAAAGUCUCUGGCAUGGUUCCACCAGGUCUUCUCCAUUUACACGGAAGCCCUUCAUCCAGAGAUCGUGAGGCUGGAGAGUCUGGAGACCUGAAAAAUCAAUCGAGCUGGUCCAAUCACCUGGAGCAGAACCCACAUGGAGCAUCCAUGGGCAGCUUCACCAACGACUUCUACAAGCCCUUUGGCUCUCUAUACGAUGGCUCCUCUAGGGGGCCUUCUUCUGGGUUCUUGGAUCAGCAGACAAAUCAGUCUAGCGAUAUGGGCGGCCAGGAUGAGCUCUCAGACAAAGCUUCCUGCGGUGACAUGGAAGCUUCCGAGGAACGAGGAGGUCAUUCCGACGACGACGAAGCAGCUCGCGAAGAGACAUCGUCCAACCCAGCCGGCACAGAGCGACGGCCACGUUCUGACGAUGACGAGCCAGAGGCAGAGGAGGAAGAAGACAUGGAGGUGGGAGACAUGGAGGACGAAGAUUGUGGCGCCAUUCGAAUGCAUCCUGAAUCUCCGAUGUCUGCAAAAGAUGCUCAAAGAGCAAAGAUGUCCAUGGGAGCCCCGGGUAAUGGUCCAACCUCAACUCAACCACCUGCCCUAGAGAAGCAGUGGCAGCAUCAGCAACAGCAACAGCAAGCCGGCUUGGGUCUUCUCUCUACAUCCGCUGGUCCCCCUGGCCUGCUGAAGCCCGAGCAGGCCCAUCUAGAGCACCAGAUGAACAUGCUCUCUGUCCUGAGGGCCUACAGCUCAGAGAACCUCUCCGCCUUCAACGGAGGCCUGACCAGCAACUCCAAUGCGGGCGGUGGUGGAAGCAGCUCCAGCAUGAAGAGACCUGAUCCUUCCGUUCAUCUGUGGGCGGAGGACGAAGCUUCCCGGAGGUUCGGCUCUGCUCUGGCCUCUGAGCAUAACCUUACUGACUCUGAGAUGCAGGACGCCCCGCUAAUCAGAGACUAACCCCCCCAUCCCGACCCCGCCCCGCCCCAACGUACCCCUUCUGAGGCUGGACUCACUCAGCAGCUGGACUCAAGAGCAAGAGGAGGGGGAUGAGGAUGAGGAUGACGAUGAUGAAGAUGAUGACCAUGGCGAUAAUGAUGAUCAUGAUGAUAAUAUAAGAUAAAGAUAAAGGCGAAUAAGUAGAGAAGAUGGAAGAUGGACAGCGAAGACGUUCAUACAUCGACGAUGUGUUAGUGUUUGACAAUGAAUAGACAUUGUGUUUUUUAUAUAUUCAUAUUCAUAUUCAAAUAAAUAUAAAUAUAGUCUAAAGUUUCAGGACUUUUCAAGAUGAAAAUAAGUUCAGGACAAAAAGAUGAAAAUAAAGUAAAAAAAAAAAAAGUUGUGAAGGACGAAUGACGAAUGGAUGAACACCAUUUCCCUAUGAGAAAUAUGAGAAAGAAAUACGAUAAGUGAUGAGAAAGAUGCGAGAGAUGCGAAAGAUGCAAAAGAUGCGAUGCCUUGGAGGACAAUAAAAAAGACAUAGAGGCAUUAAAGUUCAGUAAAGGAUGAUCAACAGGAUGAAAAAGAAUGGAAACAUGGAUAAAGUUCCCAAGUUUUCCACUUCGUUUCCUGUUCCUGUUUCCUGUUCAGUUCUCCGAUUGUGUAGCUAGCUGAUGUACCUUCUUCGUUUUUUUUUCCUUUUAUCUUCCUUUUAUCUUCCUUUUUCUUCGGCUUGGAAAUUGUCAGAAAAACUUCACUCCCAGGAGCGACACAUUCCUCAAACCAAAACUUUCAAGUUUUUAAGUUUCCAGCCACGCUUUCACUUUUACGAACUUUCUUCCCUGGAAUUCUCAUGGAAUUUUUGCGGAUUUAACGGAUUUCUCCACGUUCCUCACUGCCCACGCAAGCGUAAGUGACAAGAACAUGAAUGUGACUCCUGUGACAGUCCCCAAUGGACCAUAUCUCCAUGUCUCCAUGAGUUUAAAGCUUUCGGACCAAGUUGCUUUUUUUUUUUCUUUUCGAAAAAUCGAGAUUGAGAUUUUUGGAACUUGCAAAAAAUACAUCUUCUCAAAAGCAUUGAGUUGCAUGAUGCAGUGCUUGCUUUCUUUUUUUUUUUUUUUUUUUUCGAAAAGCAGGAAAAAGCGACUUUUUACAAAAGGGAAGCAAUGGUGGACUGUGAUUAUUUUUAUUUUGUUAUUAAUAUUAUUAUUACUAUUUUAUUUCCUCCCCUUCCUCCAGGACCUGACUCUAGACUCUACAGAAGUCACAGCUCUAAUAAUUUCUAUUCUACUAAGUUCUAGCCUUGUUUUGCUUCCCUUGUUUCUCUUUUUUCCUUUUUCCAAGAACAAAAAAAAAACUUUCAGACUUUCAGAGCCAACUUUGCUGAUCAUCUCUGGGGAACAAGAAAACAAAUAAAUAAAUAAAUAAAUAAAUAAAUAAAUAAAUAAAUAAAAUAAAAACAGAAGGAUUGAUUGAACGAACUGUAGCACUAAACUCUUGCAUCUGAGAUCUGAGAUCUAAAAUGAUGAUGUUCCCAAAAACUCAUAAUCCCAGAAACCCCAGCAACCCAAGCUCUGGUGGAGAACGGGACUUGUUGAUGAUGAUGAUGAUGAUGAUGCACAGAUGAUGAAAAAUGUAAAAAAACAAACAAAAAAACUGUAAAAAAAAAAAAGAGAGAAAAACUGAAAAACCUUGAACUCCAGUACAAGGAAGAAGUGCAGAACUUUCUCAUCUAUCUCAGACCUUCUACUUCUUCUUCUACUUCCUCUUCUUCCUCCUCCUUCCUUUCUGGAGGUGUCUGGAGGAGGUGCUGAGAAGACCUAUCUAUUUGUAAUAUACUGCCACCAACCAGUCAUCAAUGUUGCAAAGUGUUCCUGACUACUGAAAUGGUUUGAUGUAUUUACUUGUUAAAAACGCUGAAAAAAAAGAAAAAAAACGAAACGUUACGAGAACAAGAAACACAACUAUUGUCUAGCCUUAGAUCCAGUCAUGCGUUAUUGCAUCUACGAAGCUAGCUGUUUUAGAUUGUAGGCCUUAGAUUGGAUUUGUUUCUUUUUUUGUAGUACUGUACUUUUUUGCCUUUCGACAUUGUAAAGUAAAGAUAGCAUAAAAAAAAAGAAAAAAGAAAAAGACUGACAAUCUUCUCAUGUUGCUGCGGCAAACAGCAAAGCGUACGCCCAUACAGUAUAUACAGUAUAUACAGUAUAUAUAUAUAUAUAAUAACCACGCCUCUCUCGUGAGCGAAAGAGCCAAUAGAGAGAGAGGCUACUGACCUGAGACUAUUGAUCCCCCCUCUUCCCAACUCGUAUUUUGCACUGUGAUAGUCUAAUGGAAAAAUCCAGUCUAUACGGUACACAGCUAACUAAACUAAACUAAAAUGAAGGUGUGUGUGUGUGUGUAUGUGUGUGUGUGUGUGUGUGUGUGUGUGUGUACAGUAUGUGUGUGUUUGUGCGUCCCUUGACAUUGUGAAUUGUUUCUCUCCGUUACUUUGUGAACUCUUCGUGGACCCGUACUCCGGUCCCUUCAGGCAGACCGAUCUCACUAGUAAAGAUCAAGAUCUCAAGAUCUGCGUUGCUUUGAGAAGAAGAAGAAGAAAAAAAAAACAAGAACAACAAUGACGAAAAAACGGAAAAAAUAAAAGACAAUAUUGUAUUUUCACCAUGAUGAAAUAAUAAUAAUAUUAAUAACCGUGUAUAUUAGUCAUUAUUACCACAGCAGCUGCGAAGCGGAGAGAGAGAACCCAAAUCCAAUCCAUUGGAGUUCAGAUCAUUCAGAUAUCAGUAUGGUGUCUUUUUUGUUUCUUAGCUAAAUAUCAGUGCAAAUCCUUUACGAUUAGUUUUUGCAGUCUUUACUCCAUAAAGUAAAAAAGGUGUCUAGUGUAAAACAAGUGGAGGAAACUGAUAGAUGAGGAAGAGAUGAGUUUAAGAGCAUUCGGGUAUUUAUAAACGAGCAAGCAUUGGCCAAUCGGAGAUCCACAGCGAGUAUCGAACCCGGGUCUUACUGAGCUGAGCUAUUCGAGCAUUCCACAACUCUGAACUCUGAACUGUCUUGUGAGCUGUACAAUUUUAUUUGUUCGCUGUACCCUCAUGGCAGAUGCUUUGUUUUGUAACUACUGAUCUGUACUUAUAAUAAAAAUAAAAUGUAUUCAAACUAUUACA